AUGCCAGAAACGAUUACUCUGUCAAAACGGAAUCCGAGUGCACGACUCGCGGCCAUCACUAGGGUCGAGACUAAAUUGCCUCGAUGCAUGCAACGUAGAUUACCGUAUGCUACCGCUGGCUCCGCGUCCGUAAAAUGUCAUCCGCGAUCAAGCCCGUACCGAUGCACCGAUCAUCGCAUACCCAAGAGACCGUACAGACUGGCGGUCGGAUUGUCAGUGACUAGAACUGGUCGCGAUACUUCAAUAACAAUUCCCAAAAGCUGCUCUGACCGAUGUCCGCCCAAUUUCUUGGCCAUUGGCUCUCCUUGUUGCAAAAAGAGUCUAUCGAUGAUGGACUUAUCCCUGCCUGUUGUUGAUUCUGACAUCGGCGAUCUCAAAUCAGAGAGCGAGUCUUCUGCCAGUCGUCUUGACGAAAUCGCCGAUAGGAGCAAGGAUAUUUUGACAAAUGGAGGGAGCGCGUAUUGCAGUGGCGGAUCCUGGACGGAUGCUAUACCGUCUUCGGAAUCCGAACAGAGUGAAACUAUCGGUCUAAUCAAGGAUCCGACGAUCAAUGCGGCAAACAUAGUGUGCCGCGUGCUGGUAUUGAAUGCAUGGCGACGUAGACGUGCCGAGAUCGCACAGCUGGAGCAACAGGUGGAACACUUGCACCUGCAGAUCGAAUUUCUGCGUCGAUUGCUGCUCGCCGAGAACGAUCGGGUCGGUAGACUGAAUAGUGAAUUACAUCGCGAGAAGUCACAAUUCGAGGAGGUGAUGUCCCAGCGCGACGCCAUCCGAUCGGAAAAAGAAAAAUUAGAAAUUGAACUAAAGCGUGCUGAAGAAGUCUCCCAAGAGCGAUCGGUCACUGUGGGAAAUUUGAGGAAUGAGCUCUUGACCGCACAAGAUCAGCUAAAGGCGUUCGAUGCACAAAUGACGAAGGAUCGAGAGAAACUUUUGAAAUUACGGGAAGAUAAGAGAAUUCUUCUGGAUAAAAUAUCAGCCAGCGAGAUACUGGUAACAGAACGUGAUGCCAGAGCGGAAAAAGCGGAAUCUGCUAUCGAAGAGUUACAGUUACAAUUAGUGGCACAGGUAUCUCUCGCUGAGUCUGCGCAGGAACAACUUCAGUGUACCUCUAGGGAACUGCAAAUCGCGAUGGCCGAGACACAGAGAUUAGAAAAAUAUUUGAAAGCUAGCGAGGAUAAUGUGAAGACUUUGAGUUUACGCACGAUUUCUCUGGAGAGUCAGUUAGCUGAUCGAGAAGUUGAGCUCCAUCGCGUUGAAAUGGAAUAUCAUUCACAAAUGAUGGAAUUAAAUGAACUGAGAGAGCGAUUGCUGCGACAAUCUCAAGAGGGUAGCUGGAGUCGCAUAUUGCAGAUCGCGGGGAGUAUCAUGCGUGUAUCUAUUCUACGAACUUUCGCGUUUUUAUCCAGUGCUACUCUGCCAUUGCUGCCGUAG